UCCCGUUGCCCACCCCGCGCGGCUGCUGCUGCUGCGGCGGCGGCGGCUGCUGUUGCAUCCUCCUCCUCCUCCUCCUCUUGUCCUCCCCCCCCUCCCCCGCCGCCGGGAUGGAGCUGGAAGCCUCCCUGGAGCAGUCGGUCCAGGCGCGCAUCUUCAAGAUCAUCGUCAUCGGCGACUCCAACGUGGGCAAGACCUGCCUGACCGUCCGCUUCUGCGGCGGCACCUUCCCCGCCAACACCGAGGCCACCAUCGGCGUGGAUUUCAGGGAGAAGGCGGUGGAGAUCGCCGGCGAGCACAUCAAGGUCCAGGUGUGGGACACAGCAGGCCAAGAGAGGUUCCGGAAGAGCAUGGUGGAGCAUUAUUACCGCAACGUCCACGCUGUGGUGUUCGUCUACGACGUCACAAAAAUGGCCUCCUUCCUCAACUUGAAAAACUGGAUUGAGGAGUGCAACGGCCACGCGGUCCCGGCUCUCGUCCCCAAAGUGCUUGUGGGAAACAAGUGUGACUUGCGGGAUCAAAUCCAGGUCCCGUCAAGCAUGGCCCUGAAGUUUGCCGAUGCCCACAAUAUGCUUUUGUUUGAAACCUCCGCCAAGGACCCCAAAGAGAGUCAGAACGUGGAGUCUAUUUUUAUGUGCCUGGCCUGCCGGCUGAAGGCUCAUAAGUCUCUGCUCUAUCGGGACAUGGAGAGGCAAGGGAAGGGACACAAAAUAGAGUUGGCCCCGGCCUCUGGCAAUAGGAACACCUGUCCUUGCUGAAGAGCUGCCUUGACCAUUGAACCGGAAGGGCCGGGCAGAUGGUUUGGUGUGGUGCCUCAAUAAACGGAAUCAACGUGGCUCAUCUCCAAUGAAUUCCAUGUUAAAUUAAGA